AUAAAACCAGACUGGCGACUCCGAAAGAUGAGGAUCCAGAAAGUGAGGUUUCAGAAGAUGAGAUACCAACAGAUGAGGAUCCAGAAGAUGAGGUUCCAGAAGAUGGAGCCAUAGAUGGAACAGAUGGCGCAUUUCAAACCUAUUUUCAGAAAUUUAUUAAAAAAUAUAAACCACACGCUCGAGCGAGGGAUUUGCCACAACCGCUACUCAUUGAACCCCACGACGACGAUGAUGUGUACACGUUUUCCUCCCAAAAGGCGGGCCUGGCUGUCAUCAUCAACAAUGAAGAGUUCGACCGAAAAUCCAAGUUGUUUGAUAGGGAAGGAGCAAAACAGGACGCUCGUAAUCUUAAGAAGCUUUUCAAACAUCUGGGAUUUCAGAUCAAGUAUUACAAGAAUCUGACAGCACGCCAAAUGGUGAACACACUUCAAACAUUCGCCGGCACCAAGACGUACGAUAUGAACCAGGUGGACUGCUUUGCCUGUGCCAUCUUGUCACACGGGCACAAUAACACGCUUUCACAAAUGCCAGAAAAAGAAGACCUUAUAUUCGGCACAGACGGCAAACCUGUUCUCACUCGACAUCUUCUGAGCAUCUUCAACGACGAAUACUGCCCUGAGCUCCAAGGGAAACCACGACUGUUCUUGUUACAGGCCUGUCGGGGAAAUCACGGUAUGGAUCCAUCUUUUAUUACAGUGUUGAAAAAUCAGAUAAAUGUACAACCAGCAGGAAAAAGAGCUCCCAAAGACGCUACUGAUGCUGUACCUGGUCACGUGGAGCAACAAAGCGAGGAGCAAGAACAGGAACCGAAGGAAGACCAAGAACAUGAGGAUGAGGAGAGGAGAAACAAGAGCGCACAAGUACAGGGACAUAAGGAUGACGAUGAAGAUGAAAACAGACAAGACCAGGAACAUGAGGAGAAAGAUGAACGCACACAAGAACAGAAACAUGAACGGCCUCGACAUCUCAUUCAAAUCUCCCCAUCACCCAUCUACAAGGACUUCCUGGUUUUAUACGCCGCGACUCCAGGCCACGCGGCAUGGCGGAAUAGGGACGAUGGGUCUUGGAUGAUACAGUGUCUCACCAAGGUGAUGCUGUCUGAGGACGUCUUUCAAACAUCGCUCACGUCGUUGCUGCGAGAGGUCACUUGGAAGCUGGCGAUGGUGAUGGCUAACGACAAAGGAAGGAUGUCAGUCCCAUGUGUUAUGUCUAUGCUCACCAAAGAGGUUUAUUUUAAGAAAAAGAACUAAAGAAUAUAAACAAAUAAUUUACAUUUCAGCAAACAUGGCUACAAGGCCUGGAGCCGCCCUCUGUGGCAAAACCCACUAACAGUCUAGGUGACACCCAUUGUAUUCACCCUAAAUAGUCUAGAGUUAGAUAUGUAUUCGUACGUGUAAUUAUAUUUCACAAAUAACUACAUAUAUACCACGAAUACACAAAAAAUACCAAGGCCUCGUUCCUCAUGAUGAUGAUCGUAGCUCCCAUACUUUAACAUAGACUAACGACAGUCGUAGCCCUACCAUCGCUUUGAGGAGCGGGGCCCGGAGUAAUGGGUGCAGAAAUCAGCCUCCGUGGUUUCGUUGAAAGAGUCACGCAACGGUACCACUAUGUCAGAUAUCCUCUGGUAAAGAUUCAAAAGGAAAUGCCUUCAUCUGGGCCUCAAAGAUUUCAGUGAUAUCAAACAUUCUUUGCAACAGGGACCGAAUCCUACUCUCUGGUCUCGUGGACAAAGAGUCUGCCCAGAGAGGUCCAUUCCAGUCUGAAUCGUAUUAUCGAGCGGAUAUUAAUUUCAAGAGUCACAGGAAUCUUACAAUGUGAUGCUUCCCCAACUCGAAGAUCAUAUCAUGACGCUUUUCUGU